AUGACACAUGAGCCUCAUAAGGAUACCAUUGGAACCACCGCAUUCUUAAAUAUGGUGCUUAGGAAAGAGGCAGAUUUUGAGUGGUCAAACAGGAAAUAUACAUUAGAUGACGCUUAUUGGACAUAUCAUGGAAAGUUCCCGAUUGUAAUUUGUGUGUAUGCAGGAUGGUGUGGAUUGUCAGAUGCAGACACUUGGUCAUCAGGAGAGACAUACAGAGUGCAUAAAUGUGUCAACCAACGACGCGUGAUCGCCAAGGAGUAUGGCAAGAAAGACCAACAGCUAUAUAGUAUUCCGGUGGACUACCCUGUUAACUUUCAACUACUGGACAACAAAGGAAAAUUUGGUAAACCAGUUCCUUUGACUCAACUACUAGAGAGCCACAAAUUACCGAUUCAAGUGAGGUUUGACACAGAGACGUCGCGACCAUUCUAUUUGGGGCGAUUCACGGAUAAGAUGGUUCCACUGGACAAGAUGACCAUCACCCUAACAGACAUAGUUUCCCAACGAUACUUCGUCACAAAUCCCAUCUAUAAAUGUAUAAUGGAUCCAGAGAAUAUUGCAAUAAUCCCACUGAAUGCAGAGAUCGAAGUGAACGUAGCAGUUGGGUUCAAAGGUCAAACCAAACAAGAUGAUUUCACAGCUUACAUGAAAGUCCUCGAUGAAGUGGUUCAACAUAUUAACUUUGAUAGCUUCAAUGGACAAAAAGAUAUUAUGAUGGUGCGGGAUAAACAAGAUAUACUCGAUGAAAAAUCCACCCAGGCUCAACGCCCAGAGAACAUCUAUGAAUGUCUAGAAUACGUCAAACUCCCUGGUUUUUCACGUCCUUAUGAAUACACAAACAUAAUACCAUCAACAGAGCAUAAUUACAAAUCUGAGGCAAGACCCAAAAGUAUGCAAAGUUCUGCUAUGGUAACAGAGUUGACGAAAUUGAUGUUGAGGAAAGAGGAAGAUCAACCAAUUGUGACAUCGGGGCCUUCCAUACCCCCGAGAAGCCCGGGUCAGAUCACACCUGGUCCUCCCCCACCUACGAGACCUAAACCCUCAUUCAAAAUAAAAAAGGACAGUGAUACAAAGAGAACAUCAGAAGUUGUUAAAGUUGAUCAAGUAGCUGAAAAGACUACCGCAGUCAGCCCCCAACCAGAAUCACAUGUUCCCAAAAGCCCUGCUAGUAGUGCAUCAAGCAUUACAUACACAAAAACUCAAUCGGACAAUUCUAAACAGGGUGCAAUAGGCCAGACAUAUGGCCCUGAUGAACCCAUACCUAUAGACCAGGUCCCAAGAAACCUAUCCCCUCUUACAGUAGAGCAGGUCGGACAUUGUCUCCAACAACUCAAGCUUGGAAAAUAUAAAAAUGUUUUCGCGGAGAAUCUUAUUGAUGGCAAGUUAAUGAUGUCGUUAGAUCCUGACAUGUUAGGGUCAGAGUUCAAAAUGGGAAAAAUUGAAGUUUUGCGACAGAACCAGUUCAUAAAAGAUGGAUGGCGUCCUAAGGGGACUACUAGUACCACCUUAUAG